AUGAGACUAUUUAAAUGGAGGAAAGAACCAAAGAAAAUAGUAUUUCACAAUAAAAGGAAAAAUACAAUAAAUUAUGUAAUUGAAAAUUUGGAAGUAAAUGAGAGGAAUUUCCAAAAGGAAUAUGAUGAGAACAUAUUAGAGAGUAAUAUUAAGGAAAAAAUAAGAAGUAAUCAGUUUAUUGAGGAUUUGAUAUUAAAAAAGGAGCAGGAUGAAAUGGGACAAUUAGAUAAUAGUGGUAAUUUUUUUGCGAUGAAAAACAACUUGUUAUGUUUAAAAGAAUAUAUGGUGAAUUUUAAUAAUGAAAAGAAUAAUGAAUAUAUAAAUUUAUUAUCAAAUGAUUCAGACAGACAUUUUUAUUUAAGUUCAAAUAAUUCAGAAGAUUACAAAUUUUAUUCACUUGAUUAUAAUGAAGAAAAUAAAGAUUUUCCGAAUAUGGAAUUAGAUUGUGAGUGUAAUAUUGAAUUUUCUAAAUUGAUGAUUAAGAACUCAAAACAAAAAAAUAUUAUUGUUGAUUUUCCAUCAAAAUUUAAGAGCGUUGGUGGAAAUAUAUCAAAAACUAUUUCAUCUAAAAGAUCUGAAAAAUUGUCAAGAUCUUCUUCAUUGAGUAACAUUGAUACACCAAAAAUAAUUAAUGAAGAAAAUCAAUUAAAAGAAAAUGAUAAAGAAUUGAAUUUAUUAUUUCAAAAAAUAAAAAGAUUCAUGAAAAAAAAAUAUAUUGAAUAUAAAGGAUUAAUAGAAGAAGUUAGUUUAUGGGAAGAAAGUGGUCAUAAAAAUGGAAUUAAAUUUUAUAAAAAGAAAGACAAUAAUAAUGAUACUUAUACAGUAAUUAGAGGAAUAAUUGAUACUGAUAUUAAUAAAGAAAACGAAUUAUUUUAUCAAAGUUUACGAAAGAAAAAAAUUACAAAUAUAAAAAAUAAUUGCCAUUUAAAUGAUUUAAUAACAUCAAAAGAUUUGGUUAACUAUAUAUGGGAUACUGAUCCACUUUCGUAUGAUAAUACUGUUGAUAGAAGUAAUAGAGUAUAUACAUGGGAUGAUGGGAAUCCAGGAUUUUGUAUUUAUUAUCAUUCAUAUAAAGGAGCUCUUGGAGUUCAAGGUAGAGAUUUUAUAUUAAUUGGGUAUAAAGAUAUUAUUGAUAAUAAUAAAGAUGAGUUUUCAUCAUGUGAAAUUUCUAAUUUUGCAACUUUAACAUCUAGUUCACCAAGUCGAGUAAAUUCUCCAAAUUCUAAUUUAUUAAAUAGUAAAAGGAAGAUCAUCAAUAAUAUUUCGCCAAGUAGGUUAAAGAUACGGUCAAAAAAGAGUAAAAAAUAUGAUAAAUUAAUAAAUAAUAAUAAUAAUAAUAAUAAUAAUAAUAAUAAUAAUAAUAAUAAUAAUAAUAAUAAUAAUAGUAAAUUUCCUGAUAAAGAAAUAAAGUCAAAAAUUGGUGAUUCAGCAUUCUUUAUUUCAUCUGAUUUAUCAAAGGAAUUAAGCGAUGAUAAAAAAUUUCAUUCAUUAACACAAAAUGUUUGUAAUCCUUCUUUUGUUAAAGCAAAAUGCUAUUUAAAUGGUGUAAAAGUUGAAAAAUUACCAAUAAAUAAUGAUAAUAUCAUUUUGAGGAUGGAUAUCUUAUGGGUUGGUGAUCUAAAUGGUAAACUUCCUGAAUUUUUAAAAAAAACACUACUUUCAUCAUCUUUAAGUACUAUUAAAAUAUUAAGGGAUAAAUUUAUUGAGGAUAAAAAGAAUGAAUUAUUAAAUAUAAUAACAAAUUAA